AUGGAAGCCCAGAUUAUGGCAGAUAUUCAACCGAUUCGGGUGGCAUGGAUGCUGGGUGAUCGGGAAUUAGUCCAGUCAGAUCGGAUCGAAAUGACUUAUCUGGAGGACACCGGGGUAGCUCGUAUCGUUAUCCGCAAGGCCAGCCAACCAGACUCUGGCCAGUAUACCUGCGUGGCUACGGGGGAGGUGGUGGAACCGAAGACAGGAAGGCGCUUCUCAAAGACGGUCACUUCCAGUUCGACGGUUCUGGUUGAAGCUGUUCCUCUGUACACAGCAGAUCUUCAGUUCAUCAGACCAGUAGAGUUCAACGUGAAACAAGCCAAGCAGCAGCAGAUCAUCGAGUAA